AUGGACGUUUGCAAAAACGUCGAUAAGUAUGCUCAGUUCAUGCAAAAGCAAAGGCGCAUGCUCCAAGACGCCAAGAGCAAGCAAGGCCAGCGUCCCCAAGAUCGCAAAGACAGAGACAAGAUGCUGUUCGAGUUCAUGAUGGCAUCAAUGUCGACCGUACAAAUGAGUGGGAGGGCUACUAACAAUGGAGAACAACACGUACAGUCGUCGUUCGUUCCACCAGCUUAUCCACCUUGCACCACACCUCUUGACGAUUUGAAGCCUAUCAUGAUCGAAGACCUUCGGCUCGAGACGCAUCAUCGCGGUCGCUAUCUGACGUUAAGAGCCAUCACGCCGCCGAAUCGUAUGACAGCGAUUCUCGUUAUUGCGGAGGAUGAACGCGGGGAUGUCACAUUGUUGCAAAUGUACCAGCAGGAGGAUGAGACUAGCCAUCCAGCCGUUGAUGUUGUUGACAAGGGCUCGAUUCUUAUCGUGAAGGAGCCCUUCUUCAAGGUUACGGCUUCCGGAGACUACAGCCUGCGGGUGGAUCAUCUUUCUGAUAUCAUCUUCCUCACCGACGAGGAAACCAUGACACCUACGUCGUGGAAGCCCAGACUGCUAGAGAUGAGCAGAACAGCGGAGUCGUUAAAGCUGGAGGGAAACACUCUCAUAGGGAAAGAGAGGUACUGGCGAGCUAUCGAGAAGUAUUCGGACGUCCUGGCGCAAACAGCGACGUCUAGCGAAGUCGAAGUCAUUAGACGAAACAGAUCACUGGCCUACCUCAAAACCAAACAAUAUGAUGCUGCGCUUGCCGACACCGGCUACCCGUCCUUCAGCGGAGAGCCCUCGGAGAAGGGAAUGUUCCGUGCAGCUGAGGCACUUUACCACCUCACUCGUUAUGACGAAAGCCGUCAAACUCUCGAAAAGCUUUGCGAACACUUCCCGGCCAAUAAAGAAGCAGCCGCUACACUUACUCGUGCUCAACGUCGAUGUGCUGAGAGUAGCACCGGCGAAUACGACUUCAAGCUUCUCCAAGCCGAAGCAAAGAAGCAUCACCCUCCCCACUUGGAUCAUGCUACAUACGUGGGUCCGCUGGAGGUCCGGAAAGUCAAAGGAAAAGGCCGCGGCUUGUUUCUGACCAAGCCCGCGAAAGUCGGAGACCUGCUGCUGUGUGAGAAAGCAUUCAGCCAUGCUCAUGUUGACGAAGAACGCAAAGGCAACGCAAACAUCUCUCUUUUGAUGAACGUCGAGACGGACAAGGGCUUUCUUGGCGGCCAGGCUGAUCUCAUUCAGCUGAUCACGCAAAAGAUGUUCAAAAACUCCUCGACGGCCCCUACAUUUACCGACCUCUACCACGGCGACUACGAAGCAGUUGACGCGAAAUCUGUCGAUGGGCAGCCGAUCGUAGACACCUUCCUAGUUGAGCGAACAAUGACCCUCAACGUCUUCGGUAGUCCUAUCACAAGCCUCAACAGCUACAAAAGGCUCAAAGAUAACAAGGAAUCGAAAGAGAAAGCAUACCAUUCCUGCGGCAUAUGGAUCAAAGCCUCGUACAUCAACCACAGCUGCCUCGGCAACGUCCGUCGCUCAUUCAUCGGCGACAUGAUGAUCGUACGCGCAAAGAAAGAUAUGGAAGCUGGUACGGAGUUGUCGUUCCCGUACGAGGCCCCGGAUGGCCACUACACUUCGAAGGUCGACCAAAAGUUCAAGAACUGGGGCUUCGUUUGCAAUUGCCCGCUCUGUGAAGACAUCAAGAGUACCAAGGCCUCCGAAGUCACGAAGAGGCGAACCUUGCUCGAGCAGCUGGAACGGCUUUGCAAGUCAACGACGAGUGGAAACGCUUUCAACGCGAAGUUUGAACGCUUGCUCAAGGCGCUCAAUGAGACGUAUUCGCGUCCCGUUGAAGAGGUACCUCGACUCCUGCUCUGGGAUCCGCAGCUGUUGUUGACCCGAAUCUAUAUGAGACAACCUGAUCUUACAAAAGGGCUGGAAUCAGUGGAGAAGAUUUUCCAGAGCCUGGGCUUCACCGUUACUGGGCUCGAUCGCACUUCUGCAGCUUUCUUGGUUACAAGGUGGGGUCAUAUAGUGGACCAUCUAGUAGAAGCCUUCCUACAUGCACGAUCGGCAUUUGAGCAGUCGAAGUUGGGGGACAAGGCGAAACAGGCGGACCACUCACGAGACACCGACAUAAUCAUCAAAGCCCUUCGACCAUUCAUGCUCGGUAUCGGUUGA